AUGUAUUAUACCCUAAGUUGCGACGAAAUUGCGCCAAAAUUGCCGCACUAUUCCUUUUUAAAUGGCCUGUUGGUAUGCGUACGAAGAAAGUACAGACAACAAAGAAAUUUAUUCGUGGAGGGAGAAUCUCAAGCAUGCGCGGAGCGUAGGGCUCUCGAGUUUCAGCGUGCUUUACUUUUGAGGGAUAUUGUCGCGCUACAAAUACCUUAAUAUUGCAGUUAACUUUAUCAGAUAUCAAACUUUUAAUGUACAUAUAAAAUAUAAGUCAUAUGCAACUGAGUUUCGGUAACUGGAAGCUCUGUACGUCCUAACUGAAUUGCAUACUAACUGAUGUCGCACAGCUAACAGCGGUGAGAUAUUGUUGUCGUCUGAACGAUCAACCAACGCGGCAAUACAUAAACGAAGCACGUUUACGGCCGCGAGCAAUGCGACAACGUCGCAUUCACGACCGUGGUCGUAUUUGUCGGUUGCGCUAUUGCGCUGUUUGAGAUUCAGACGAUUCAGACCAGUUUGUUCUUUGUCGCAUCGCACGCACGACGUCUAGUAUGCAUACUUCCGCACAGUUAUUGAUUUCUGAAGUGCAAAAAAGGCCUGUUUUAUGGAAUAGAUGGGAUGAAAACUACAAAAACCGUGUGUUAGUAGACAAGGAAUGGGAAAAUGUGGCAGUAGUAUUAAAAAAAGACAAAGUGGAAGCCAAGUCGAAAUGGCGAAAUUUGAGGGACCAGUUCCAAAGAGAACUGAAAAAAGUGAAGAAGCUCCGUUCUGGAGAGUCUGCUAGUAUAUCUGUGAGCGAUUACAAAGGGAAAUGGGUGUUUUUCGAAAUGCUCUUUUUUUUAAAAGACACUAUGGUGCUAACAAAACUGACGAGCAAUUUCGACAAUGUACCCAGCACGGAUACAUUGAACUCUGAAACGGACACGAACUCUGAAGAUUUGGGGCAACAAGUUGCGGAUACAACGGAAGCGUCUGAAAGGAUUACGCCACCGCGUCAUCUCGAGACUCUCGAUGCUCAUAGCUCUAAAUUUGAGGAAUCUCUCGAAAUUCCACGUCUCCAUAAUACGCCAAUCUACCACCAUUCGAGGGGAAGAAAAAGGACAUUAUCUGACUUUGGAAGAGAUAUGUUGGAGGUGGAAAAGAAAAAACUUCCGGCAUUCGUCGAACACGGCAUAUGCGAAAGACACGAGCAAGAUGACGAAGACAUGCAUUUUGCAAAGUCGCUGGUACCGUCCCUCAGACGAUUAGAUCCUAUUCGAAAAUUAAUAAUUAGGAAUAAAAUUCAAAGUUUGUUAAUUAAGGAGUUAAUUCAUGAAAAUUCGAGUUUAUCAAGUGAUUCGCAGGCUGGGACAUCUACCGGCGAUCCUUUGGCACUAUAAUAUGUAUAAUAGUAUAACAAUGUGUAUAAUUAGUUAUGAAAUAAUGUAAAGAAAUAUUUUAUAAUUCUAUUAAAUUUUAUACGAUUUUAAA